GGCCCGCGGCCUCCGCCGCCAUUUCGGGCGCUGCUGAGAGGCUGAGACCCGAGCCGGUCCGCUGGGCGGCGGGCGCCGGGGCUGGAGGGGCGCGCGCGGCGGCGGCGGCCCAGCGUGUAGGCGCGGAGGCGGCCAUGGCAGGCAACUUCGACUCGGAGGAGCGGAGUAGCUGGUACUGGGGGCGGCUGAGUCGGCAGGAGGCGGUGGCGCUGUUGCAGGGCCAGCGGCACGGGGUGUUCCUGGUGCGGGACUCGAGCACCAGCCCCGGGGACUAUGUGCUCAGCGUCUCCGAGAACUCGCGCGUCUCCCACUACAUCAUCAACAGCAGCGGCCCGCGCCCGCCGGUGCCACCGUCGCCCGCCCAGCCUCCCCCCGGGGUGAGCCCCUCCAGACUCCGAAUAGGAGAUCAAGAAUUUGAUUCAUUGCCUGCUUUACUGGAAUUCUACAAAAUACACUAUUUGGACACUACAACAUUGAUAGAACCAGUUUCCAGAUCCAGGCAGGGUAGUGGAGUGAUUCUCAGGCAGGAAGAGGCAGAGUAUGUACGAGCCCUCUUUGACUUUAAUGGGAAUGAUGAAGAAGAUCUUCCCUUUAAGAAAGGAGACAUCCUGAGAAUCCGGGAUAAGCCUGAAGAGCAGUGGUGGAAUGCGGAGGACAGCGAAGGCAAGAGGGGGAUGAUUCCAGUCCCUUACGUCGAGAAGUAUAGACCUGCCUCCGCCUCAGUAUCGGCUCUGAUUGGAGGUAACCAGGAGGGUUCCCACCCACAGCCACUGGGUGGGCCGGAGCCCGGGCCCUAUGCCCAACCCAGCGUCAACACUCCGCUCCCUAACCUCCAGAAUGGGCCCAUUUAUGCCAGGGUAAUCCAGAAGCGAGUCCCUAAUGCCUACGACAAGACAGCCUUGGCUUUGGAGGUCGGUGAGCUGGUAAAGGUUACGAAGAUUAAUGUGAGUGGUCAGUGGGAAGGGGAGUGUAAUGGCAAACGAGGUCACUUCCCAUUCACACAUGUCCGUCUGCUGGAUCAACAGAAUCCCGAUGAGGACUUCAGCUGAGUAUAGCUCAACAAACAGUUUUGCUCACAGAUGGGAACAAUCUUUUUUUUUUUUUUU